ACUAUCAUUGUAGCUCAGCUCCUCAACGGCAAACAUUCUACAAUCAUGAGAUUCCAGUGCAUCCUAACGGUGUUGGGCGUGAUGGUGGGCGUCUCGUAUGCCGGUAUAAUCUAUGGAGGACUAGGUGGCGGACUCGGUGGAAUUGGCUCAGGAAUUGGUGGACUGGGCGGAGGAAUUGGCCACGGAAUUGGAGGUCUAGGUGGUGGAAUUGGUGGAUUGGGACAUGGCAUUGGUGGAAUUGGUGGACUCGGCAGACUCGGCGGUGGAAUUGGACUCGGCGGUGGAAUUGGUGGACUGGGCGGUGGAAUUGGUGGAUUGGGCGGUGGAUUGGGACAUGGCAUUGGUGGAAUUGGUCAUGGAGGCGGCCUUUACGGAUAUUACGGCAUUGGUGGUCUUUACGGUCUCAUCAGAAAUGGCAAGAGAUUCGCUAUAUACGGACGAUAAAACUGACGGACAGUGCAGUUGACAGAGUUGGAGAUUGUUCAUGUUAACUGAAUAAUCUUGUCAAUAAAUAUUUUGUCAAA